CAGACCUACUUUCACUGCGUGUGUUGAUCAUUUUUAUGAAGUCCGCUUUAUUGACAUUUUUUUCCGCUGUCUUUAUAGCGUUUGUGUAUUUAUUGUAUAUGCAACGGGAUUGUCACUUCUUGAUCUCUGGCUAAACUCACUGGUCGAACUGGAUUCGGAGAAACAUUCCCAUUCCUAUGCUGUUUUUUCUUCCUAUUUUAUUUCACCCGAUUCAUACAUUUGUAUCCUAAACCUCCUGUUGCACAAGGAUGCGCUGAGAGAGAAUAGGUUUAAAUGCAAUAGUGGAAUCUUGCGCGACUCGGCUCCCGGUCGUCUGGAUUUUGAGGAAGAUCUAAUAGUCGGUCCCCCUCCCAUCCGUGCGAGAACUGGCGUCCUCUGACCGCAAUUUGUUUCCAUGUUUUUUAGGUUUGUGUGAUUUUGCUAAAAUGCAUCACCAACAGCGAAUGGCUGCCUUAGGGACAGACAAAGAACUAAGCGACUUAUUGGAUUUCAGUGCGAUGCGAAACAGCGAUUUGAAAAUGUUCCCAACAUCAAUGAUGUUCUCUCCUCCUGUUAGUGGUAGAAACAGACCAGCCUCCCUGGGAAGUGGACAUUUUGCAGGCUCAAACAUGGGGGACAGAGCCAGUGCAGGGACGUGGGGACAUAGAGGUGCCCCUUCAAAGGGUUAUGCUGAUGGUUCCCAGUACACUCACAUGACGAGCCGUGAAAUGGGCUCCCAUCCACACGACAACAUCUCUCCUCCAUACCUCAACUCCAGACUAACAGGUAAAACGGAGAGAGGAUCCUACUCCCAUGGAAGAGACUCCAACCUCCACGGGUGUCAUCAGACGAGCCUCCUGGCAGGAGAGAUGGGCAGUCCUGGGGCGGUGUCGCCCACCAAGCCUGGGUCUCAGUAUUACCAGCACUACAACAACAACCCUCGUCGGAGACCUCUGCACAGUGACAACAUGGAGGUCCAGACAAAGAGAGUUCGGAAAGUUCCUCCUGGUUUACCUUCAUCAGUAUAUGCCCCAUCUGCCAGCACAGCUGACUACAACAGGGACUCACCGGGGUACCCCUCCUCCAAACCACCCAGUGGAGGGUUCCCCAGCCCCUUCUUCAUGCCAGACGGUCACCACAGUGCUGACCCAUGGAGCUCCUCCAGUGGAAUGAACCAGCCUGGUUACAGCGGCAUGCUGGGUAACUCCUCCCACGGCCCCCAGAGCAGCAGCUACUGUGGCACCCACCUGCAUGACCGGCUGAGCUACCCGUCACACUCCUCGGCAGACAUCAACCCCAGUCUUCCUCCCAUGUCCAGUUUCCAUCGUAACAGUGCCUCCAAUCAGUACAGUACAGCUUCCUGCACUGCCACCACCAACGGCACAGACAGCGUGAUGGGUAAGACCUGGGGACAAGGACACAGGGCUGCAGAAGACAGGACAGAAGACAGGGCUGAUUACAGUGCUAACCGGGCACCGACCAGCUCUCAGACAGGAGACGCCCUGGGGAAGGCUCUCGCUUCGAUCUACUCUCCAGACCACACAAACAAUAGCUUCUCGUCCAACCCGUCGACCCCUGUCGGCUCUCCUCCGUCACUCACAGCUGCCAGUUCUGCUGUAUGGUCCAGGAACGGAGGACAAGGUCCCUCCUCCCCCAACUAUGAGGCACCACUCCACUCUCUGCAGAGUCGUAUCGAGGACCGUCUAGAGCGCCUGGACGAUGCCAUCCACGUGCUGCGGAGUCACGCGGUCGGCCCCUCCACGGGCAUGCCCGGCGGGCACCAAGACAUGCACAGCCUCAUCGGGGCAGCGCACAACGGGGCCAUGGGAGGACUGAGUUCUGGGUACGGCACGGGACUACUCUCUGCCAACCGCCACUCUAUCAUGGUGGGCUCUCACAGAGAAGAUGGUAGCGUGGGCAUGCUUGGCAGCCAUCCCAUCAGACCCAACCAAGUGCCAGUCCCCCAGCUGCCCCAGCAGUCUGCCACGUCACCAGAUCUCAACCAGACUGAUUCAUACCGGGCUCUAUCCAGUGGUCUCCAGGGCCAGAGCGCCUCGUCCAUCUCGUCAGAGAUCAAGUCGGAGGAUGAGGGGGAUGAGAACCUACAGGAUGCCCGAUCUAUGGAGACCAAGAAGGAGGAGUCCGACAACAAGGACCUCAAGUCUAUUGAUAGGUCAAGAUCUAGCAACGCGGACGACGAGGACUUGUCUCCAGAGCAGAAGAUCGAACGCGAGAAGGAACGCAGGAUGGCCAACAACGCCCGGGAAAGGCUGCGUGUCCGAGACAUCAACGAGGCUUUCAAGGAGCUGGGGCGCAUGGUGCAGCUGCACCUGAAGAGUGACAAGCCACAGACCAAACUGCUCAUACUGCAUCAGGCCGUGGCCGUCAUACUGAGUCUGGAGCAGCAAGUCAGAGAGAGGAACCUGAACCCUAAGGCAGCGUGUCUGAAGAGACGUGAGGAGGAGAAAGGCUCGUCGGACGGCGGGGCGACCCUCUCCCUGGCCGGGCCGCACCACGUCAUGGGGGACGCCUCCAACCCAAUGGGACAAAUGUAAACCACCCCCCUAAAUGGUCCAAGCUCCCGGAGUUCAUCAAGAUGAUGAGUGACCACUUCCUUUGACAACAUUCUCUUAUUUCCUGAACCAAUCAAUCAACCGAUCACGUCAAUCAACGAUCGAUCGAUCUGACCAACGUCUUGCCCUGACAACCUGUCUUUUGUCUCCUGUAGAAAUAAAUGAACCCAAAUGUAUAUUGGCUAUGGAACAACAUAACAGACACUACAGUACUACAGAUACUACAGUACUACAGAUACUACAGUACUACAUAUACUACAAUAGUACAGAUAUAACAAUACUACAGAUACUACAAUACUACAGAUACUACAAUACUA